AUAGAUAUUUAGAUAGAUAGAUAGAUAGAUAGAAAAAAAGAAAGAUAGAUAUAUAGAUAUUUAGAUAGAUAGAUAGAUAGAUAGAUAGAUAGAUAUUUAGAUAGAUAGAUAGAUAGAUAGAUAGAUAGAUAGAUAAAUAGAUAGAUAGAUAGAUAGAUAGAUAGAUAGAUAGAUAGAUAGAUAGAUUCAAUUUCUAUAAAAAGAGACUGUGUUUCUAAAAUUAGAUUCUCAGAAGACCAGCUGUAAUCCUGCUUUGUUUAAUGGAAGACACUUUUGUUCAUUUUCACUUUGCCAGCGGAAAGACAGAAUGAGUCAUGUAGGACUUCCCUUUGAUGGUGUUGUGCUGAAAGAUAUUCAAGCAUACGUGGUUGUCUUCUAUUUAAUGAAUGGAUUGCAGCUAUGUGUGUCAUUUCUCAGCCUAUUACAUAAAUCUAUUCUACUAAUCUAGAAUGCCCUUUUCGAUUACAGACUUCGGUUAAAGAAAAUGAAUGUCAACAUUCUUGCAGGCUACGUGACGAUACUGGUUUUAAACGUGAUUGGUCAGCACUGUAAAAGCAACCAUUCGUCUAAUGCUAUCUCCUACUGGGGCGUAGAACAUGACAAUAGCAAGUACAAUUUGGUGUGCGACUGUGGCAUGUGGUCCUAUGUUAAUGAGACAUGCAAGAUAGAGGACAAUAAAGCCGAAUGCAUGUCUAGAAAGCUCGUGCAAGUUCCCAGCAUAACUGAGCCUCACAGCAUUGAAGUCUUCAACCUGAGCUGUAACUGCAUUGAAACAAUAGCCAAUACAACUUUUAUUGGCUUCACCAGUCUGCUUCAACUUGACCUGUCCCACAACAAACUCUGGAAGAUGGAACCUUUGGCCUUUUUAGGACUUAACCGUUUGAUCUAUUUAAAUCUUCGCUGCAACCAUUUGGUCAUGAAAGAUGAAGUUUUUCACGAGAAUGUCUUCAGUCCACUGGCAUCACUAGAGAUUCUAAAAAUGAAUGGAAAUAAUCCCAAUCUCACCAGUAGACAUCUCCGUUAUCCCGAAAAUGCGUUGUCCAAACUUGUAACUCUAAAGGUUUUGUCUAUUGAUGGGCUGAAAAGAAAGGACUUUGGGCCAAGUUUUCAAAAUCUUACUUCAUUAACUAGUAUGACAGCAGCUGGUUUAAAUAUUGGUUUCUGUAAGAUGACAGCCAUAAGAAACACAACUUUUCUAUAUUUAGUAAGGCUGAAAUAUCUGGAUAUUAGCUCCUGCUUUAUAGAUGGUUCAUAUAUUGAUCCUAAUGCCUUUUCGAUGUUGACUAAUUUACAUACGCUGAAUUUAACUCAAAACGAGGAUAUAGAUAUUCAGAACCUGAAUACAGUUUUCUAUAGUCUCAGGAACAUAACCACACUCAGGGUACUCUCCAUGCAUCUGAUUGUAAAUAGGUACUCACUAGGGAUAUGUCUUGACAGCUCCUACAUAAAAUACUUCCCUCAACAUCUGGAGCACUUCGAAGCCCAAGAGAACAAUCUGGAGGGUGUCGACCAGGAGGUAUUUUCCAUGCUGUCGCCAUCCUUGAAGCACCUGGACAUUGGAAGGAAUAGAUUUGUUUUUGGGAUCUACCUUCGAAAUUUGUCGCAGAUGACCAACCUAACAAGCUUAACCCUCAGCGGUGGAAGCUUCACGUACAAUCUACCAUCGCGAUAUCCUUUCCAGGUCCAUGAAUCGCGACUGAAGAGCAACUGCACUAUCUAUACCAAUGGUAGCAGCCAAGGCGAUGCAGACGACAGCAUAGUUUUCUCCCUUCCUCCAAACCUGAAAAGUUUGGAAAUGAACAGAGCCGGUCUGUCGUAUACACUAUCCACACUUAAUGUCAGUCAAAACUCGCUCAAAUAUCUUAGCAUGACCAAUAAUUACUUUCCGAAUUUAAUUGGUCCGUUUUAUGGAUUCGAUCAGCUGGAAUAUAUGGACCUUUCCUUUAGUUUUGUUCAGACUAUUUCCAAGAUGUUUUUUUCAGAACUCAGUUCCCUUUUGCAUCUUAACCUUAGCUCCAAUCUUCUUGGCAGUUUCUUCUGUCGCUACGAAUCCGAAACUGUUUUUUACCCACUAACGAAUCUCAUGACUCUUAAUCUUUCUUUCAACGACAUUUCAGAGCUGCGCCCAAACAUUUUCGCCAACUUAGUCAAUCUCAGACAGCUCCAGCUGCAGAAGAACAAUUUGCAAAAGUUUGACGUUAACAUCACGAGUUUGAUCAAGUUGGUAAGGUUGAACCUAAAGCUAAACCGGCUUUCUACAAUGUCGAGCAAUAUAACAGAUCACAUCGACACACUUAUCAAACUCCACGAGUCUGUUGUUGUAGACCUAAGCUUCUCGCCAAUAUCUUGUCAAUGCAACAAUUUGGCCUUCAUCAAUUGGAUGGUCAACUCUAAUGCGUUCCAUCCUAACUUUAUCAACUACCAAUGCGUGGAUUCAAAUACAAUACAGAAUAUAACGGAUAAUUACACAUCGACUGUCGAGAAAUUAAACCGCGAGUGCAGCUCAAACGUGACUAUUUUCUUGAUCUCCAGUGGAUUUUCUUUUGUCAUUUUGUGUUUUGUCAUUGGCUCAGUCAUAUACAGGUUUCGCUGGAGAAUUCGUUAUCUGUAUUACGCUGCUUAUCUGUAUUACUCCAAGACAAACAGCGGCAGAGAUUCAGACUACAAGUAUGACGCCUUCAUCUCUUACGACCAAAACGACUGGAAGUUCGUGGUCAACAAGCUCAUGCCGGAGAUGGAGAAACGUCGACUGAAAGUGUGUAUCCACAGCAAAGAUUUCGUGGCCGGAGACUACAUCGCUUCCAAUAUUGUCAAGGCCAUCUGCAGUAGCAGACGAACAGUGGUGGUUCUGACCAGGAAUAUGAUCAAGAGUUACUGGUGUGGAUACGAGAUCCAGAUGGCUAACAUGGAAGCGGUGCACACCAACAGAAAGGUGCUGCUGUUUCUAAUGAUGGAGGACAUUCCCUCCAGCGAGCUGACUGUUGACCUGCUGUACAACAUUCGAAACAAUACCUACCUUCAAUAUAACCAAGACGGAGAUAGUGUCCACAUGUCUAGACUCUGGGACAAGCUUGCUUAUGAUAUUAAACAUUAAAAAAUGUCCGAACCUGCCAUUGAAACAACGCAGCUGAGAGUGGAUUGAAAGAGUGAGAUUAAGAUUCUCUUGAGAUUAGCUUAUCGGUUGGUUCUAAGGUCGACUCGCAGAAAGGAUUUACUAGUUCAGAACACUAGCCUAGUCAAUUAUAAGUUUACAAUAAGUAUUAUGUAAAAAUAAAAGCCCUAUAGGCAUGCGAACAUAUUUAUGUAAUCCUUCGAUCACUGUACUUCACUUAGGCUAUAGUCUGACCAUUAUCUCCACAACAUCGAAAACAUUGUAUGACUAGAUCAAGUUAUGCUGAUAAUUCAUGUUUAUGUUAAUUCAAAUAUGCUUAAUGAGAUGCAAUGAUAAUAAGUUGCUUUAUUCAUAUAUAUUCUACAUUUAAAGCGUGAUAAACUAGAGCAGACAUUGACUUAUGUUGUAAGAUGGUUUAUAGAACGUGUGCUCGUUCAAUAUCAGCGCUAAGUCCAUAACAGCAAGAAAUGAUAUUCUCAAUAGAAAUGAUAUUCUCACUAGAAAUAAUAUUCUCACUAGAAAUGAUAUUCUCACUAGAAAUGAUAUUCUCAAUAGAAAUGAUAUUCUCACUAGAAAUGAUAUUCUCACUAGAAAUGAUAUUCUCACUAGAAAUGAUAUUCUCACUAGAAAUGAUAUUCUCAUUAGAAAUGAUAUUCUCAAUAGAAAUGAUAUUCUCAAUCACAAUUUUACAAAAAUCACCUCUUUCAGAUCUAACAAUCUAAGGUGGCAAUCUAAAGCUCUUCUGUUUCAAUGGCCAACAAUUAACAAGGAUAUCACGUGGCCAGCACAACGACCGAAUGGCUUUACUUCCCCAACGUGUCAGAUACCUAUUAGAGUUGUCUGGAAUCAGGGGCGUAUUAGAGUUGUCUGGACUCAGCGGCGUAUUUGAGUUGGCUGGACGCAGGGGUGUGUUAGAGUUGGCUGGACGCAGGGGCGUGUUAGAGUUGGCUGGACUCAGCGGCGUAUUAGAAUUGGCUAGACUCAGAGGCAUGUUAGAGUUGGCUGGACGCAGGGGCGUGUUAGAGUUGGCUGGACUCAAGGCGUGUUAGAGUUGGCUGGACUCAGCGGCGUGUUAGAGUUGGCUGGACUCAAAGCGUAUUAGAAUUGGCUAGACUCAGAGGCAUGUUAGAGUUGGCUGGUCGCAGGGGCGUGUUAGAGUUGACUGGACUCAGCGGCGUGUUAGAGUUGGCUGGACUCAAAGAGUAUUAGAAUUGGCUAGACUCAGAGGCAUGUUAGAGUUGGCUGGACUCAGGGGCGUGUUAGAGUUGGCUGGACGCAGGGGCGUGUUAGAGUUGGCUGGACUCAAGGCGUGUUAGAGUUGGCUGGACGCAGGGCCGUGUUAGAGUUGGCUGGACGCAGGGGCGUGUUAGAGUUGGCUGAACUUGAAAAUCCUGAAGUUUAAAUUUCCAGCCAUAACGAGGGUUCGAACUCGAGAACAGUUGGUUCAAAUGCCAAGCGCUUUACGACACGGCCAGCGUGUUCCGUAUGGUGGCUAAAUAUUGAAGCAAACUCAAAUGGCCCAGUUACUUCUCUAGGUUUAUAGAGCACUAGCUGACACCUUGCAAAGAAACAUGGAGAGUCUUUCUUUGAAAAGUUCUGGAGAGAAAGCCAACAGUUGAAUGUAUUACAUGUGUGCUCCCAUACAAUUCAAGAACUUCACAGACCUGCCCUAACAGAAUCAGCAAAUAAAUGUUGCAGUGACCUAGUUUAGUUAGAGAUUAUGUUAGGUUUUUAAAUAAAUAUAUUGUGUGUUGUUUUUUAGUAAAAGUAGUGAUCCUAGCCAGGACGAUGUCUCGCAGAGGAUGAGAUCUUAAAGACGUCAGAAAAACAAGAGUAUGGGGAAAUAGUCUAUCUCCAUCAGUCCCGUGGCAGUCACUAUCAGUAAUUACCAUCUGCGAAUACAGUCACCAUAUAUUAUUGCAAUCAUUUUAUCUAGCCUCAGAUAUCAUAUAUCAAAUGUGGUGAGAAUAAUUGAAAAAAAGGUUCUUAAGUUGGUUUCUCCUUGAGGCUGGCCGCAUCAGACUUUACGCAAUAUUCUUAGCCACUUCUCAGCAGCAAUUGAUUAAAGUUGAACCUAAGAAUACAAAGUAUAGUGAACUGGUUUGACAACUUUAAAUUGAGUUUGAAGAUGUUUUAGUCUAGAAAACGGGAAGUUGAAAUGUCUACUAUAAUUUACAAUGCUUCUGAAGAUACCAUUUUUUAAACUACCAUCAAAAAUUUUACUUUAGUUUAAUUUUUUAAAAUUUAUUGUAGGCAUGAACAAAAGUGUAAAAUGUUUGUCUUUUUUACAUAUGUGAUAUACUGGACUGAAACAUAUUGUUUAUGGCAUCAAUACAUUGUUCAAGCUCACUCUUCAAUAAAUCAAUGAUUGUUUAAUUGAGUUGUAUUAAUUAUUAUUUUGACUCAAAUAUAACUGAUGCAAGUACUCAUGGGAAAUGCAAAGAACAAAAUAAGAAAAAUAUUUUUUUUAAAUACUUUUAAAUGUAGAAAAACAUUGCAAAAUACAUUUGUUUUUAAAGUCAAUACCUCCAUUUUACAACUUAUUGGUCAUUAAUUGUUUUGUUUGGUUUCGAAAAGGGGAAAUAAAUAAUUGAGAGAUGUAGUUGUAUAUGUGGAGUUAUUUCCCGUAAAACGUUUUGUAUACUUUUUUUUUCUUCUUACUAUUCUCCGCUCCAGUUAAGUAUUUAGCUUCAUUAUUCAUAUUUGAUGACCAUACCUGAAUCUAUAAAGAAAUUAAAGAAGAAGUUAAUCAAUUUGUGUUCAUUAACUCAUGAGGAUUCAUAUAGAAAUAGGGGAGCUUAUUCCUUCAGUAUUGAUAUAUUUGUGUUUUUUUUCGUUUGAUAAAAUUUGUUUUUAAUAAA